AUAUAGCGGUGCCUGGUUGCCUCUGCUAUGUACUCAGAUCAGCUAGCCUUUAGGCCUCAGAGACCAGAUAUCGAUCUUGUUAACUUGAAUCUCUGUUCAAGAUGUCGCAGAGGCCGGGGAGGCACCAGAGGAGGGCGUCCCAGAGCGUGUUCUCGCUGCCGGAGAACUUCGCCAGCCUGGAGGACGUGCCGGCGGACGGCGGCGAGCAGCGGAAGCCCGCGGCGGCGGUGGCGGCGGACGCCUCCGGGGAGCAGCAGCAGCAGCAGAAGCCGGCGGGGCGCCACCGGCGGGCAAUGUCCAUGGCCGUGGCGGCGUCCCUGGACAUGAUCGCGGAGGACAUCGGAAGCUACAAGUACGGCGCUUGAUUAGCGAUCGAGAUCCGGUGGUUAUUGGGAGUUAGGUGCAUUCCGUACUUGCAGGAGAGCGCGUGGCGAUCUUUCGAGUCUCGAGUCCCCACCGUGUCCUGUUUUGUACGCCGUUUGGUUGUUCGAUCAUGUGCUUAUGUUUUUUUCCUGCUUCUCUGAAUGUGUACUUGCUUUCUUGAUCAGAAGUAAAAGAAAAUCUUGAGGUCGCGAAUUUACAAUUC